AUGCUGCUGACCUGCAAGGCUUUGCGACGCUCUUCCGGAGCAUACAGGUUCAACGACAGGAUAGUCAUCAAGGUCGGUGAUGCCUCUCGAAUGUCAGAGGCGGCGGCGAUGCGGCUACUGUCGGAGAAGACCGCCAUCCCAAUUCCGACAGUGCACGAUGCUUACAUCCAAGACGAUGGCUGUGGCGUGAUCAUCAUGGAGUACGUGGAAGGCGUCACCCUCGACAAAGCCUGGCCGACCUAUGACCUCGCGCAGAAGCAAGCAGUCGUGCAUCAGCUCAAACGCUAUCUGAAUGAACUUCGACAAAUCCAAAGUCCGGUCAUAAGUUCGGUGGACGGCGAGCCAUGUUGCGACCAGUUCUUCUCCUGGGACAUGCGAGAAUACGGUCCCUAUAGCACCGAAAUGCAAUUCCAUGAAGGCCUCGUUCAAGCACUCCACGAACGAGCCGAUCACUCCUGGUCGCGAAUGGUAGCGCGCUUCCUGCGAUCUAUGAGUGGACACGAAACGGUACUUACUCACAACGACCUUACUCCGAGCAACAUACUGGUCAACGAUGGCUCAGUUGUGGCGAUUCUUGACUGGGAGCUUGCUGGCUUUUAUCCGGACUAUUGGGAGUAUGUCAAGGCAUAUCUGUUUGCGGAUUGGCAAUCUAUUUGGGUGGCAGAUAGCAUACCUGACAAGAUACUUCAGCCGAAGCGUACUGAACUCGCGUUCAUGUUACAUGCAAGGGACAUCAUGUGGCCGUAGCGAUAUGGACCAGCACGAGAAAGCCAGAUGGGGAGCAGGACAUGGCGCACAAGCAGGAAAUCCCGUCAUGUCUCAGCAAUAACGAAGCUCGCAGUUGCUGCAAUGCUUCGCUUUCUGCAGAUAAAACCAAGUCGGCCACUGCAAUCACUGUUCCGCAAAAUGUGACGUAUUUGUCGUUUAUUUG